GUGUAAACGCAUUUAGCUUACGAUGUAGCACCCAUGAAACAUAAAACCAACACCUUCGUUUUGCACCGGGGGAUUGUGGGUAUUGAGGUAAAACGGUAUCACGUUUUGGAUCCAGCAUGGCAGGGAUACAGAAAAGGAAAUUAGAAGACCUCAGUGUGGAUGAGUUCCUGCUGUCAGGUGCUUUUGACUCUGCAGGUGAAGAUGAAUCUGAAGAAGAGACUCCCAAACAGAAUGGACUCAAUAAAAAGAACAAGAAGAAAGAUCUGAAAUCUGCAACCUCUAAGACUGAUGAAAACAAGAAAGGUAAGGCCUCUGAGCAUAAAGACCAGCUGUCCAGGUUAAAGAACAAAGAUCCAGAGUUCUACAAAUUUCUGCAACAGAACGACCAAACGCUCCUAAACUUUGACGACACAGACAGCUCUGAGGAUGAGGAUGAGAAAAAGUACCACAGAUUGCCAUCCACACUGGAGGAGGCCAGCUCUGGUGAGGACGAGGAAGAUAGUGACGAGGGUCCGAAAGCUUCGAAGAAAUCCAAGAAGGCAGCAGAGGCUAUCAAAGUCACAGACAAAAUGAUUGAAGACUGGAAAGCAGCUAUGAAGAAGGAACCCACACCUCGUCUCUUCAGAGAAGUCACCCAGGCCUUUAAGGCCGCUGUGGCUACAACCAAGGGUGAAGGAGGGGCUCAAUGUCGAUACAAAGUGGCUGACAGUUCAGUGUUCAACGCCUUGGUCCUGUUCUGUAUCAGAGAUAUUUAUGUGGCCCUGCAGAGGAUGCUCAACCUGAAGCCAGAUAAAGACCAGAAAAAGCUAGCGCUCCCAUCGUCUAGUCCAAAGUGGCAGAAGAAUCAGAUCGACAUCAAGAUGUACCUCAGUGGCGUAGUUCAGCUAUUAUCCUGUCUAACAGAGGCUACAGUCAUCAGCGCUGUCCUGCGGCACGCCAACCAGCUCGUACCUUAUUACCUUUGUCUACCCAAACAGUGUCGUCACCUGGUUAAGCAACUGAUGAAGCAGUGGAGCACAGGGGAAGAGACAAGUCGGGUUCUCGCCUUCCUGGCCCUCAACAAAAUCUGCAGACACAAGCAGGAAACAUAUCUUAAUCCAAUUCUCAAGCAAAUGUACAUUUCCUACGUACAAAACUGUAAGUUCACAUCGCCCAAUGUGCUGCCCAUGAUCAACUUCAUGCAGCGAACUCUAACAGAGAUGUACUCCCUGGACACACAAGCCAGUUACCAGCACGCCUUCAUCUACAUCCGACAGCUGGCCAUCCACCUCAGGAACGCCAUGACCAUGAAGAAAAAGGAAACGUACCAGUCAGUGUAUAACUGGCAGUACAUCCACUGUCUAUACCUCUGGUGUCGGGUCCUCAGCACCUUGCACCCCAGUGAUGUACUCCAACCUCUCAUCUAUCCACUCUGCCAAGUCAUAAUUGGCACCAUCAAACUGGUGCCCACAUCAAGAUAUUACCCUCUGAGGAUGCACUGUUGCAGAGCCCUCACCUUGCUGUCUAGCAGCACCAACACAUUUGUACCUGUUCUGCCUUUCCUCGUGGAGAUCUUCCAACAGGUGGAUUUCAACAAGAAACCAGGGCGAAUGAGCAAGAAACCCAUCAACUUUGCAGUCAUCCUAAAGCUUAGCAAGGUCAACCUAAUGGAAAAAGCCUACAAGGACGGGUUGAUUGACCAGCUGUAUGACCUGGUACUGGAAUACUUCCAUACUCAGGCCAGUUCCAUCGGCUUCCCUGAGCUCGCCCUGCCCACCGUCAUUCAGCUGAAAGCAUUCCUGAAGGAAUGCAAAGUGGCCAAUUACUGCAAGCCGGUGCGCCAGCUGCUGGAGAAGGUACAGGAGAACAGCAACCACAUCACAGGACGGAGACAAAAGGCUGCCUUCGGAGUGGCCGAUGCCACCGCUGUGGCGACUUGGGAGAAGCAGAUCCAGGAGGAGGGGACACCACUCAGCAGGUACUACAGCCAGUGGAAGAAGCUGAGGGAGAAGGAGAUCCAGCUAGAGAUAUCUGGCAAAGAAAGGAUGGAGGAUCUGGAACUCCCUGAGAUCAAACGAAAGAAGAUUCAGGAGAAGAAGACAGAGGACAAGAAGGAGUUCAAGGAUCUGUUCCAGUCUGACAGCGAAUCAGACGAAGAUGACGCAGGACUCAAAAUCAAAGGUAAAAAGGGCAGUCGUGGGUCGGAUGAGGAGGAUCUUGAAGAUCUGUCUGACAUGAGCGAUGACGAGGGGAUGGAGGGUGGAGACUCAGAUGAUGAGGAUGAGGAAGGGGAUGAAAAGGCCUCCAAGGCUCCUCAGCCGCUGUCCUCCUCUGCUCUGAUAAAGCUGGCAGAAGGAGGCGAGGAUCUGGUGGAGGACCUGGAGCUGUCUGAUGAUGACUGAGGUUCAUGGAUGCACACACUCAAGACUUUUGUGCUCUUCACUUUACCAACCAUCUAUACUUAAAAUUAUAUUGGACUUUUUGCUAUUUUCUUUGCUUUUGAAUUUUGUAUUACUUGACCUGUACAGUACAAACAUGUUCUUGCUGUAAUUUUAUUACGCAUUGAAAUUGUAAAAAAGAAGAGUUCAAGAAUCCA